GGUCACUGCGCCCGUCGCCAUCGCUCCAUUCAGUGCCCUCUCGGGUCAUCCAGCUAUCCCGUGUCGUACGUGUUGGCGGCCUCUUCUUAUGUCCCCGCCCGGUCACCGCGUCUCCGAGCGGAUCUCAGCUUGCUGCCAUCUCUUGCUGUCCCGUCCAGUUCAGGCUUCAGGCCGCUUCCUGCGUCUGUUCUCGGAGAUGAGGAGAUCGUCUCCGGGGAUGAUGAGCCUGAGCUACGACGCGGGCGGCGGGAGGGGGCUGCUGGCCUGCUACGUCAGGGCGAAGCCGAGGCCGUCCAAGUGGGACGACGCGCAGCGGUGGCUCUCCUCCUCCCGGGCGCCCGACGACGACCGGCGCCGGAGCUCCUGCGCGGACGACCGGCUGCUGCUGCCGUCGGCGUCGCAGAAGGGGAGACACUCGUGGAGCGCCGCGGACGCCGCCGUGCCCGCCGCGGCGGCGCCCGGCGGCGCGCGGGAAGACGGGGAAGCGGGUGCGGAGGCGGAGGCUGAGACGCAGACGAAGAGGGUGGACUCCGUGCUGGCGUACGGGCAGCAGCCGCCGAGGUGCCUCUCGCUGCGGGACAUCGGCACGGAGAUGACGCCGGCCGGGAGCAAGGAGCCGUCCAGGGCCAACACGCCCCGCGCCACCCUGGCGGCCGAGCCGGCGCCGACCUCCACGGCGGGGCGCGCGAGCGGAACCCACGCGUCGCGGCGCCGGCCGGCCGGCGGAUCGCCACCGGGCCACGCCUGCAAGGGCGGCGCCGGCUCCGAGGGGCGCGGGGAAGCCGCGGCGGCGGCCGGCGCGUGGCCGGCGGCGGCGGUGUCGCCCGCCACGGCGUGGGACGCAGCCGAGCGCGCCAAGCACAUGGCCAGGUACCGGCGCGAGGAGAUGAAGAUACAGGCCUGGGAGAACCGGCGGAGGCAGAAGGCCGAGCUGGAGAUGAAGAUGACCGAGGCCAAGGCGGAGAGGAUGAAGCUGCGGGCGCGGGAGAAGACGGCGACCAAGCUGGCCUCGGCGCAGGCGGCGGCGAGGGAGAAGCGCGCGGCGGCGGAGGCCAACCUGAGCCGCCGCGCGGCGCGGGUCGGGGACAAGGCCGACGUGCUGCGGCGGACCGGGCACCUGCCGUCCUCCUCCUCCGGGUUCUCGCUCAAGCUGCCGCUGAUGUGCAGCUGAACGCCGCGAGCCCGUGCUCGUGCACGUGCCGAGCGCGCCGGGGGGGGGGGGGGGGGG